CUAAAUAAUCUAAAUAAUUAUAACAAGUAAGUAUUGAUUCCAAAACAUCAUUAUUUCAUUUAACUAAAUUACUAGGUACCUACUUACCUACUUAACAUAUCUAAUAGUAACUCAUUAAAUAAAUUUAACUAGGUAUAUUUUGCGUGUUUUCAUAAACUUUAAUAACAUUACAUAAAAAUAACUUUAAAUUUCUAGUUUGGUGGCCCAUACUGUAAACAUUAAAUACAAAUUUAUCACGCCAAUCCUUUCACCUUUCUGAUUAUUCCGCUGACUAUUUCAGCCAUCUGCGGUCGCUGUGUGCUGGCAACAGUGCGCUGCCUGCAGCAGGCUCAGCCCUACCUAGGGGGUAUUCACUACAGAGGGAGUAUCAGCGUAGCGAGGAGCGUGAGCCAAUUCUUUUAUUUAUUUACUAUAAUUUCUUGUUCUGAUCUACAUUGAAUUUUGUGUUCUAUUUUUUAGUUUACUUAAUUUUAUUAUAAAUUCAUAAUGCCUAACCCUGCUUCUGAAACUGAGUCAAGCAAAAACCAAUCAAAGGAUCUAAGAGAGUUAUACAUAAAACGGAGCUCAGUUAAAGGGCAAAUAACAAAAUAUAAAAAUUUUCUUUAUAAUGUUAGUCAGAACAAGGACUUAUCCAAUCUUGAACUUGCAGAACUAUCUGUCAAAUUGAGUAGGUUUGAAGCACUAUCAUUGCGUUUUGAUGACUUGCAAUCUCAGAUUGAGGUUUUAAAUUCUGAUAAUUUAUCUCACGAAAUUGAUGAACGAGAAAAUAUUGAGCAUGAGUUUGUUGUUAAUAUUGCAGCGUCAAAAAAAUUGAUUGAUGAUAAUAAUAAAGAAUCUCAACGGUUUGAAUCAUCUUUUCAUGAAGCGAGUGCUUUUUCAUCCAGCCACAAUGAAACAUAUAACAUCGGUUUUAAAUUACCACAAAUUCAAAUAUCUAAAUUUAAUGGAACAUAUUUUCACUGGCUGGAAUUUCAUGAUACAUUUGAAAGUCUCAUUCAUAACAAUAAUCGAAUUUCAGAUAUACAUAAGUUUCAUUACCUUGUUUCCUACUUAGAAGGAGAGGCAGCACGAAUAAUUUCAAACCUAGAAAUAUCAUCAGCAAACUACUCGGAGGCAUGGAAACUUCUCUGUGACCGUUACAACAAUAAACGUUUGUUAACUAAUCAUCAUUUAAAUUCAUUGUUAAAUAUACAGCCAAUUACACGUGAGUCCGAGAAGUCACUACGUUUCCUGGUAGACCACAUGACAAAAAAUUUACGCGCCUUGUCCAGCUUAGGCCAACCUACAGAUAAAUGGGAUAUGUUACUCAUAUUCAUGUUUUCAUCAAAAUUAGAUAGCCAAACCCUAACUAAGUGGGAAGAAUAUCGGAAUACAUUGGAAGAUAUUCCCAAUUUAAAUAAUUUUAAACAAUUUUUAAUAAAUCGUGCAGAUGUACUAGAGGCUAUAAAUAGAACUAAUUACGACAUUAACUCCUCAAACAAAAGGGCACCUACAUUUGCACGCAGCCCUCAGUCUCAAAAGACAAAUAGUGCUAAUAAUAAAAAUACUAAAAAUAUUUCCUAUACAAAAUCUUUUGCUAGUACUAAUUCAGAG